UGAGCAGCCUGCUCCAGCUGGAACUGAAGUCUUAGAGUCGCCACCAGUUUUCUCAGGCACUGACGCCAGCUCUCCACACACCAUGGCCACGAACGCAGACACCAGGCCUGGGGGAUUCACUAGCAAUGGCUGCGACCCAGUCACAGCUCGAGAGCAUGUGCAGGUUGUGACCCGAAACUACAUCACCCACCCCCGUGUCACCUACAGGACCGUGUGCAGCGUCAAUGGGCCUCUUGUGGUGCUCGACCAGGUCAAGUUCGCCCAGUAUGCUGAGAUUGUCAACUUUACCCUCCCGGAUGGGACCCAGAGGAGUGGCCAAGUGCUCGAAGUGGCUGGGACCAAAGCCAUUGUUCAGGUGUUUGAAGGGACCUCAGGGAUUGACUCCCAGAAGACCACCUGUGAAUUCACCGGGGACAUCCUGCGGACUCCUGUGUCAGAGGACAUGCUGGGUCGGAUUUUCAAUGGCUCUGGCAAGCCCAUUGACAAAGGGCCUGUUGUCAUGGCAGAGGACUUUCUGGACAUCAAUGGCCAGCCCAUCAACCCUCAUGACCGAAUCUACCCCGAGGAGAUGAUCCAGACAGGAAUCUCCCCCAUUGAUGUCAUGAACAGCAUCGCCCGUGGCCAGAAGAUCCCCAUCUUCUCUGCGGCUGGGCUCCCCCACAAUGAGAUUGCUGCCCAGAUCUGUCGCCAAGCCGGGCUGGUGAAGAAGUCCAAGGCUGUGCUCGAUUACCAUGAGGACAACUUCGCCAUUGUCUUUGCAGCCAUGGGGGUGAACAUGGAGACAGCCAGGUUCUUCAAGUCAGAUUUCGAGCAGAAUGGAACCAUGGGAAACGUCUGCCUCUUCUUGAACUUGGCCAAUGAUCCUACGAUUGAACGGAUCAUCACCCCUCGCCUGGCCCUGACCACAGCUGAGUUCCUAGCCUACCAGUGUGAGAAGCAUGUGCUGGUCAUAUUAACUGAUAUGAGCUCCUAUGCAGAGGCUUUGCGGGAGGUCUCAGCUGCCAGAGAGGAAGUGCCAGGGCGCCGUGGCUUUCCUGGAUAUAUGUACACAGACUUGGCCACCAUCUAUGAGCGAGCUGGCCGCGUGGAGGGCCGGGGCGGCUCCAUCACACAGAUCCCCAUUCUCACCAUGCCCAAUGAUGAUAUCACCCACCCCAUCCCAGACUUGACUGGCUUCAUCACGGAGGGACAAAUUUAUGUGGACAGACAGCUACACAACCGGCAGGUCUAUCCCCCCAUCAACGUGCUCCCUUCCCUGUCACGGCUGAUGAAGUCGGCCAUAGGCGAGGGCAUGACCAGAAAGGACCACGGAGAUGUCUCCAACCAGCUGUAUGCCUGCUACGCCAUCGGGAAGGACGUGCAAGCCAUGAAAGCGGUGGUGGGGGAAGAGGCACUCACCUCGGAGGACCUGCUCUACCUGGAGUUUCUGCAGAAGUUCGAGAAGAACUUCAUCACCCAAGGUCCCUACGAGAACCGCACCGUGUUCGAAUCGCUGGACCUGGGCUGGAAACUGCUGCGCAUCUUCCCCAAAGAGAUGCUGAAGCGCAUCCCGCAGAGCAUGACGGACGAGUUCUACUCCCGCCAGGGGGCGCAGCAGGACCCCGCGUCCGAUACCGCGCUCUAGAGCCGCCCCAGGCUGCAGCCUUCUAGUUUGUGGUCAAACCCCUGUCUUAUGCCCUGCGUUGACAGGAGUGUCUUUUGGUGAGGGUGGGGCUCUUUUUAGGGGCAUGCUGAGAAUAAAAGCGGCGCGGGGUGGGAGUGCUUCAGACUAUUAAGCAGGUACCCUACUACUGAACUCCACCUCUGUCCUGUACUUGUAUUUUAGAAGUCCAUAGAUAUAACUGAAAUGGAAAACAAAAACAGCAACUGAGAUGAAUUUGUCUCCAGUGAAAACAAGAUUGAGGAAAAUUUGCUAAUUGUUGAAGGUGUAGAUGAUACCAUGCAGUUUGUAAAAGUAUUAAAAAAAAGAAAAGUCUAGUUGGG